CGGUACAUCGGCGCUCGACUCGACACGCCACAGGGGCAUUCGACUCUCCGUUUUCACCUGAAAGAAACGGCAGGUGAAGGUGGAUGUCGCUGCGGUGUGAAGUAUCGUUGUGUCUUCGUUGAGACGAUCCGACAGUUUCCUCGCGAAAGAACGUUGUGCUCGAGGAAGGAAUUCAAAAUUAAAAAAAAAACAAAAAACGACGAAAGAUGGGAAGUUCGCGCAAAGAGAGAUGCUUGAUAAUAGUCGCACUCUUUGUGGCGUAUCUUGAAUUAGCGAACGCAAUUGAUUGCUAUCAAUGCCUGGGUACGGAUUCGGGUCAUCCCUUUCAGUGCAACGAGUUUCUGACGAGCGACAUCGACAUUCAACCAGAGCCAUGCGAUAAUGUUUACGGUGCUCAAUACUGCAUCAAGCACAUUGGACGAUUCGAGGCCUUGGGUCUAGACUGCUAUCAGUGCGCAUCAGCUUCGGAAUGGGAAUGCAUGGAGGGUGACUUGGUGAAAGAAGCUUUGCAGUUGAAAAAUUGCAGUCACGUUUUCGAGGCCCGCUACUGCGUCAAGACCGUCGGACGAUACGGAGGUGGAAUUGGGACGAAGAGAUAUUGUUCGUCACUGGAUCUGGGCAACUACUGCAAUUACGUACAACAGCGUGGCGACACGCUCGAAUAUCGUACUUGCGUUUACACUUGUAGCGGUGACGGAUGUAAUCCGGCAUCCCCCGCCGCAUUACCGAGUAUAAUUUCUCUCUUAAUUCCUAGUUUCAUUGUCGGCUACGCGAUGAUAUACAGGAGGUAAUAAUUCCGUUGUAAGUAUAUGUCUACAAAAGUCCGGAAGAACAAAAUCGAGAAAAAAUACAGAGUAAAAUAUUUUAUAACGAAAUAUAUGAAUUUAUCAAUCGUGUAGAUAAAAUUUUCGAAAAUUUCGAGGCAUAAGAAAUUAAAAUUAAAAUACACGUAGAAUUCGACGAUUGAUAGUUAAACGCAUUAUAUGACGAGCUGAAUCUCAGGAUGAAAAGAUAUUUUAUACACUUCAAACUUAUAAGUUGAUAAUGAUAGUAUAUACCUUAAUAACCGUUAAUAUAACUUCAUGAGAUGUAUAUUAGAUGUAUAAUACACCAAUGUACUGGAAUUUGAAUCGCUAGUAGAUUUUAUAAUUAUACUUGAUAUUUUUUUAUACACGCUUCUGCGAUGGGCAAUAUAAUUUAAUAAUUUUAUCGAUAACGAUAAUGUAUUGCUAUUUUGAUUCAUUCAUUUCUAUGCAUACAUACAAAGAAGGAAAAAAAUUGUUACUGCUUAUAUGAACGCAAGCUGUACUCUUUUCUAAUGACAAACGUUAUGUUAAUAUAUUUUAUAUUCGAAUUUUAUUUAGUAAGUAUAUAAUAAUAAUCUCUUGUCUAAGACGAUGUAUUAUAUAGGAUUUAGAAUAUAGUUAGAUUAGAUGUGUGAGUCUCUAGAUUUCGCAAGUCACAACGUUUUUUAAAAACGGAAAUAACUGAUUUAUAAUCCGUCCACUAUUUAUAAUCAUUUUAUUCAUACCCUAUUUGAUAUUAUUAAUGAAAUAUCAUAUGCGUAUCGAUACGCACGAAUUCGACCGAGAAAUUUUAUAUAAGUUGUAUUGAAAAUACGUAUGGAACUGCGUAAAAAUUCAGAGAUGUAUUUUCUGUUUUCUUUAUUGAAUUACAGGCUAAAUUAGAAAAAAUUCUCUGCUUACAUUGCUUAUAAUAAGUACAAAUAGUGAACAUUUAUAUAAUAUACAUUAUAGUAUAGCUACAUACAUAAUUGCCAAAAUUCAUUUCCCGUACGUAAUAAGUACAUAGUACAUAAUAUUGUACGAUAUAAUAUCUAAUUUUUGUGCAUGUUCUUUCCUAGUUUUCUACGCAAAAUAUUUAUGCAUACUAUCUUUGGCAUAUGUAAGGCAAUCUUGUUAAGCAAAAACAGUAAAUCAUACUUCGCAAAGUAUUGUUUUAUCAAACAUAUUAUUUUUUUUCUUCCGGAAACUUUCCUUGUCUGAGAAAAUAGCUGCGUCCUAGUUAUAAUUUCGUCAAACUGUUUCUCCACUCAAUCGUUUCCCGUUUCUUUUUUCUUCUUCUUAUUUUGUUACCUUACAAAACUCCCAAAUUUUACAUCUUACACUCAGCUUUGCCGAACGCUGAUUUUGUCAAGCAUACAAGACAUACGCCGAGAUAGGUUACAAUUUUGUGUUCUAAGUAAUACAUUCGCGGUACAAAUUAAACACGAUCAUUGAAUGACCAAAAUUAAUCUUAAGGCUAUAGCUAAUCAUUUAGUAAUACAACGCACAUCUAACAUCAAAUAAAGUAUACGUGCAGAUAGCAUUAUAUUCUGCUUAAAAAAAAAAUAUUAAAAAAAAAUAUUACUAAUGUUAAUAAUAAACGUUUCGUUUGUAUUGAGAAAAAAAUUAAAAAUUUGUCAGUUCUGUCAAUCGUGUAUCUGAAUUUUUAAACUUAUACUCUGAUGAUUAUAAUAGGCACUUAUGAUUAUAUAAUUUUGUUCGCAAGAAUCUACUGUACUUUUGCAAAAUGUAUUUAUUAUUGUAAUCAAAUUAAAACGUUAUUAUGAGAAUUUUA